AAUGAAGACAAGACAAUUGUAUACACAUACACUAUAAAUUGAAAAUUUUCACUGUUCCUCAUUAUUUUGUCCUGAAGUGAAAGGUUGAUUGAAAAAGGAUGCUGUCCUCACAGCUGGUUCAGAUCCUUGCUAUAACAGCUGCUUUGCUGGUAGAAGCUCAUGCAGAGAUAAAUUGUCCAGAACCCCAAGGACCUCAUGGAAGAACUGGACUUCCUGGCCCUCAAGGAGCAAAAGGCAGUCCCGGCAUUCAAGGACCUCCUGGUCCAUCAGGUCCCCGAGGACCUCCUGGAUCAAAUGGACCUCGUGGCCCUCAAGGACCAAAGGGCAACCAAGGUGUCAGAGGACCUGCUGGUCCACCAGGUGUGCCUGCCAGCCAGGAUCCUAAGCUACAAAACGACAUCAAAGAACUUCAACACAGACUCGCCAGAAUGGAAAGAGCUUUGACCUUGGAUGGAAAGAUGGCAAUUGCUGGAGAUAAGCUGUUCGCCUCUACUGGGAAGACAGCUGUGUUUGGGAAAACAGAAGUGACUUGCCAAGAAGCCCACAGCUCCACUGCAGCACCGAAGAACCUGAAUGAGAACAAUGCUAUUCAGAAGAUUGUGCAAUAUUAUAACAGUUAUGCCUAUCUGGGUAUUAUUGAGAGCGAUGAGCCAGGGACAUUCCAUUUCCGGAAUGGGGAUCCUUUGAAUUUUACCAACUGGUACAAGAAUGAACCUUCAGGUCAAGGAUCUGAAAAAUGUGUGGAAAUGUACAGCGAUGGCACUUGGAACGACAAAACGUGCGACAAUUACCGCCUUGUGGUCUGUGAAUUUUAAGCCCAACCCAAGGCAACCGUUGAAUGUUCCUUAAAAGAUAACUCAGUGUGAUUCUUCUGUCCAAAAAAAACAAAAAAAA